CUUUGCCAUUUAUCUGAACUUGGGGUCACAGUAGCAAUUCUUAAAAUUCAAAGGGAUGUGAAUGGUAAGUUUGAAAUAUAUGGAGACGUCCCUAAAAUAGGCAUUGCUACUUGGACGCUAUCACUGGAGCUGUUUACAUUAAUCUGCAGUCUGUUUAGGUUCCAAGCUUUUGUUCGCAUUGGCAGGCCUAUAACUUGUGGCCUUUGAGGCAUGAUCUUGGCAUCGAUACAUCUCCUUCACAGGGUGCCCUUCUUUUAAAAUGCUUCAAUCUCUCUAUAAAUGCCAAAGAAACUUGUGUACAAAGAUCAGGAAAACCAGCCUUUCAGUGCAGUUUGUGUCGACUAGCUGUGGCAGCAACAUCCCAACUGAUGAGAACAAGUCACUCAUUAAUUUGUGUCAGGGGAAGUCGCACGGUUUAUCAAAAGAACCCAUCAUUAGUGAAGCAAAAGUACUCCAAUUAGAUACUGUUAAAUGUUCAAAAGUUUCAGCUGUGAUUGAGUUCUUCCGAAACCAUGGGUUUUCUGCAAACCAAAUGAAGAAACUAAUUAGACUACGCCCUAAAUUACUAGCAUCGAAGGUAGAGAAAACCCUAAAGCCCAAGUUGAAGUACUUGCAAUCAAUUGGCUUUUCUGAAGAUGAAUGCAGUAAGAUUCUCUGCAUUAACCCCAACAUACUCCUCAGUAGCAUAGAGAAACAACUGGCUCCAUCUUUUGAUUCCCUGAAGAUUUUCAUGGGUAGUGAACUGCAAGCAAUGGCUGCCAUCAAACGAAGUCCUCAAAUCUUUAAUAAUAAGAUCGCUCAUACUUUGAAGCAGACUGUACAGGUAUUGCACCAAAUUGGUAUUCCUGAUUCUCAAGUUCUAGAGUUUAUACAAAAAUCUCCUAUUAUCUUGACUAUAAAUCCCAAAAAGAUGAGUAAGGUUGGCCUGAGACUGAAGGAAAUAGGGUUUAAUGUUACUUCUCCAGCAUUUAGGGCAGCUUUUUCUGCAAUGUCUGUACUUAGUCAUUCCAAAAUGGAAAGGAAAUUGGAAACCUACAGAAGUAUGGGCUUUUCGGAUGGCGAGAUCCUUAAUAUUUUCAGAUUACAGCCAACUUGCAUGUUCUAUUCCGAGGAUAAUAUCAGGGCAAUUGUGGCAUUCUAUGUUGAUAAACUCCAUUUGAGCCGGUCACACUUGUCACAAAGGCCGGUUUUUCUAUUGCGUAGCCUGGAGAGGAGGGUUAUUCCGAGGUGUUCUGUCAUGCAAGUUUUGUGGUCGAGAGGCAUUAUCUCGAAAAUGGGCAAACUAUCUUCAAUUCUAAUGAUUAGUGAAAAGGACUUCUUAGAGAAGUAUGUUACUAAAUAUGAAGCAGAAGUUCCUGAGCUGCUAGCUGCCUACCGUGGCGAACUUAUGUUCGAAGAGUACAGUUUUCAUUUGCGUGAAGUUCGUCAGAUUUCAAUGUCGAAGGGAUCAUCUCCAGAAACUAAAGCAGCUUAGUAUUUGCACCAUAUGCUGUCCCGUAUCUCUUCAGUUUUCUUGUUUUUUAGCAUCUUUUGCUGUCACAUUCUCGGGUUCGAAAUGUAUUACUAUUUAUGCUUCCUUUUUCCCAUUUGCACAUUCUCGGUUUUCUUGUUUUAGCUCCUUAUAAUGUGUUCGUUGAGGUACUCAGAUCCUUUAUUAAUAAGCUUAUGAUGGAAAUACUUUGAAUGAUUUUUCUACAAUUGCAGAUUUUUUUUUAUUUCCA